UUAGGCUAGAAAUUUGUUCAGCAUAGAAAAGAUUACUCCCCAAAUAAAAUGUUUACCUCACCGUUGCUCCAGUAGCUCUAGCUCUGUGGUCAUGAAUUGAUAGCUUACAUUUCUGUUACCCCCACAGUACAUAUUAUAUAUUUCGCCUGUUGAUGUCACCCUUAGCCUACUCCUCCAGCAUUCGGAGUCCCCCAGCACACACACACACGCAGAUGGAUAACUUCGCCGUUCCUCCUGGGUUUCCUUUAUGAUCCCGGGAUCUCCCACUUUCCUCAUCAGACUUCAUCUAGCAACACACGCGAACAGACCGCUCCMCUGCUCUCCUUUCUACCAGCGACACAGCAGCCUGUUACCACCGCGCACCACGACACCCCAACCAGGACUCUUCACCUUCAUCCUUCGCAGACUGGCUACGCACGACGAAGUCAUCGAGUGAUUUUCCAAACGGAUUUCCACCGGAAAGCUCGACACGUGCAAUUACCAAGACAAGGAUUUCUGGGCUAUAUCGACUAAAGCCGCCGACUUCAAAACGUUUUUAUCACCGCUGUUGAUCCGUCCGUCUCAGCCGUGCCAUAAUGUCCGAGGUACUGCCUUAUAGCGAGGGGAAAAUGAGCGGCUAUGGGGACACCGAGGCCAGUCAGAUAUCCUUUAGCUGCGGGCUACAGGACACCAAUUCGUUCUUCGGGGCGUCGCAAGCGAAAAGACCCCCAAAGCUGGGACAGAUCGGCAGAGCCAAGAGAGUGGUCAUCGAAGAUGACCGAAUAGACGAUGUCCUAAAGGGGAUGGCAGACAAGUCGUCACCUGGUGUUUAAAGAUGAACGACGCCUUGCAGACUUUUUAUUUUGAUCAACGAUUUAAAGCACUUGUCGGUUGUGCAUGUUCGAGGAUUGUAGGAGAAACGAUGGCACGAAGCGAAGACAAGGGGAAGGAAAGGAAUGGAAAGAAAUAUGUGAAGAUUGGACGAGAAAGCAGAGGAAGAGCAAGAUUCCAGAAAAGACGGAGAUUUAUCAUGGGGUUGCUGGCAAUUCUCCAAACGAAAACCCAUUUUAACUUGUGCUGCGCAGCGUGAUGUUGAGAUGGCGGACCCUGGCUCUGAUGGAUGAACUUGCCAUUACUUCACAACCAUCUUCCAAAAGCGCCGUAAGCAACACAAAACUACAAGUGGUGGCUGAAUCUCAUUUCAAGCUCUAUUUCUAUAGUUGUAUACAAUAGCCUUCCUAAGCUCGAAGACCAUAUUCCCCUUACACGCUUUGCAUUGUUGAUAACAAUCGGCGACAUCGCAUUCAAGGGAGCUGUCCUUUUCAGCACUGGUCGAACGUAGAGAAUGCAUUCCGAUUGCUGAUAAAGCUUUUUAAUACUGACCAAACAAACACUGUCCAGUAACUAGUAGAGACCCAUUGUAUGUAAAAAAAAAAUAUAUAUAUAUAUAUAUAUAUAAUUAUAUACACACACACAC